GAGGAUGCCUUGCUGGAUGCUGGAUAGAAAAAUACUGGGUGAUAGACCUGGAAGCUUUCUGAGGAACAUUGCCCUAAGCUUUUAGCCUGCAGGCUGUCCUCAGAAGGCAGAGCUUUUUGUUACUUUAUCUUGCACUCAAGGCUGUAUACAUGGAUAAAACACUGUGUAUCAAUAAUGCUGGCCUUUUAUUGCCAAGAAGCUUUUUCCCAGGGGUUUCAUAGCCAUUUAACAUAAAGCUGGCAGUAACAUUGUCUGCUGGCUGAGACUGGCCAGACCUGAAACAGGAUUGAAUGCAGGAAGGGCAUUUGUACUCAGUAAAUUCAAAUAUCUGGGAGUAUAACACAACUGGAAGAAGAUCUAGAAAAUUAAAAAGAAGGGACACUCUUCCAUCUUGGUGAGGGUCUGAAGGAGCUUUCAGUAAAAGGAAAACAUGUUUUCCUCUGUCAGCUGGCCAAGUUCUUAUUAUUGUGGCUUCAACUACAAAGCAAAAGGAAGAGGGCAAAGAAAUCUCCUCGAGUCCAGUACAGGUGUGGCAGCAACACCUGGUUAUUGGCAGUGCUGUGACACAGCCCUGGUAGUCAGUCAGAGAAUGGAAAAGUAUUAGAAAAUGUACCCAUAUAUUCUAUGUAGUGUGAUUUCCCUGUGUCUCUGGAGAUUUCUGACAGUUUCUUCUGGGUUGUCAGAAGUCCCUUCCAUAAAUCAGUGUUUGAACCAUGCUUAAACCUCCUGUGACCAUGCGUGCUUUGCUUCAGAAUCUCUGACCUAAAUAACGUAUUAGAGAUUAGAGAAUUAAAAUUUUUUAAAAACAAAUUGUGGUUCAAAUAACUUAAAAUUUCUCCUUUUUUGUCUUCUGUCUGUCCUUCAAUCUGUCCAUCCACUCCUUUUCCUUGCAUCUAUCCUUGAUACAAAGUUCAUAUUUUUACCUCAAUUAUCUUUUAUCCUGCUCUUCCCUGGGCCCUCUUUUGUCCUUUCUGACCUAUCUUCCCACUUAAAGUACUUUUUUCCCGGCCUCAUGGAGCAUUGCCAUGGUGACCACAUGACAUCACUGCACUGGGAACGGUUGCCUAGGAAACCAUGUGAUGUCAUUGCACUGGAGGCAGUUGCCAUGGUUACUGAGUUGGCUGAGGUAACUGGGAAAAGGGUUUGUCAUCUGAUGGGUGCCAGGAAAUGUUCCCAUAAACUGGAAUAAAGGAGAGACUUUUAUUUAUAUUUUUAUAUUGCAGGGAGGGCUGCCUGUGACUCAAAGACCCCAUUGCUGUGUGUCCUCCUGGACCUUCUCUGGCUGGGCUGUUUCCAUUGGUCUCUGGGGUCUUGCCCACCUGUUUCUACUGUUGAAUGUUACUGUCAACAUCAAACCACAAGAGAAUGGAGAAAAGCUGUGUUCUCCUGUGGUUCUGCACAAGAUGGGAUUGCAGUUUCUAUUGCUCUUUGUUUUUUCCUCUUUGGUUCCCUUGGAUUCUGAGAUAAAUAGCCCAGCCCAGUAUUUAUCCCAGCAGACAUCAGAGGUGCUGUAACAGUGGAUGUCACAGCCUCAGCUUGCUGAGGCUCUGUGUGCCUGUAAUUUGUUUUCCACUUCUUUCCUACCUUUCCCAGUUUCUGUUUCAUCACUGCUGACACAUACCUGUCUUGUUUUAAUAAUUUCAGCACUUCCCAGAAAUGUCCUAUAUGAAAGGUGAAGCAGAGGUUAAAUAAAAAGGAGGAGGCAGCUAUUAGAGAUGGGAAAGGCACUGAAGAACAAGUUUAGUGAGUGUGUGUGAUUCAUGUGAGGAUGUGGGGAUGUAAACAGUGGUUAGCACUGUUUGUGAUGUGCAGAUCUGUAUCUCUGUCAGCAUUUGUGUUUGUACAAAAACACACAUGCAAUUGCUCUAUGGAGAAAUAAAUAACUUUUAAUGAAAAUAGAUUUCCAAGCUGUCUGCAAUUUGAGAGAAUUACAUGUCUAGGGCAUUUUAGUCAAGUCAUGCAUGUGUGAGUGUGACUGCCUCCACAUGUCAAGUAAAAUCUCUGCUCUCAGUACCCCUGCAGAUGCUCUGGAGUUCACUAGAAACUAGUUACAAACUUCCCACUGAAGUUCAUGGGAUGAGCCAUUCUUUAGCCCCACUGUGUGCAGUCAUCUUCAGGCUGAAAAUCAAAAUCCUUACAAUUUCUGUGGAGCUGCAAACAGGAAUGCAGUCAAAGAAGCUAAGGAGAGUGCUGAUGUCAGGCCAGGUGACUGAGGAGUUUAGGGGCACCUGAACUAUUGACUGAAAUCCAGGGCUCCUGAAAUGUUGGGAGGAGGCUGGAAUGGGGGUAGCAGCUCAGCUCUGGCAGAACUAGGUGGGAAAUCCAGAAGAGGAAAUGUAACUUCAUUGGGCAGGGAACAGAAUUUCCACUUAGGUAUGGGGGGAAGAAAGGGAAUAGAGGUUGGGGGUUUUUAAUGUUUGUUUAUUUGGGAUUCCCCUCCUUAUGCUUUACAAGUACUGCUUGAUUGACUAUUUAUUUGUUCAGCAUACUGAACAAAGCAAUCUCAGACUUUGUGCCAGGGUAACUGUAAAAUAAAUUGUGCUUCAUACCUGAAAUCAUUUAAUGUCAUUUUGAUCAGAUGGCAAGGAACAAAACAGCUCACAGAGGGGGAAAGCAGCAGCCAGUCAGUGCUCAAGAUACUGUGUAAGUUAGCAUUUCUGAAGAGCAUCCCCAAAGAAAUCUCCUUGCUUUAUCAAGAGAUGUGGAGGAAUGCCAGGGAAAAGAUCAGAGGAGUUCCUCUGUGGGAGGAGGAAGACUUUUACACCAAAGUUUGUAAGAGACUUGGCUAAGUGCCAGUACCUCUCACAUUUUCUGUGCUACAGUUCUAUUUUCUGAGGGCAGCACAGCAAUUGCAGCUUCUACACAGUUCAUGAGCUGCCCUGUGCCCCAUCAGACACUUGUGCAGGCUGACACAGAAAUGGGAUUCAUGAAAACCAAACUUUUUGUUAGGUGCAAGGACCUGGAGGAAUAUGCGUCAAUCUCUGUAAAGUGCCAUCUGCAGCCUAUCUUAGGCAAACUGUUUCCUGAUAAUUAAGGCCAUGUACUCCACCAACCGAGGCACAGUGGGGGGGUUUUUCCUGGCUGGACGCAGCAUGGUGUGGUGGCCGAUUGGUGCUUCUCUGUUUGCCAGCAACAUUGGCAGUGGGCACUUUGUGGGAAUAGCAGGAACAGCAGCAGCUGGAGGAAUUGCCAUCGGAGGAUAUGAGUGGAAUGCUCUGAUAUUUGUGGUGGUUCUAGGAUGGAUCUUUGUACCCAUCUACAUCAAGGCUGGGGUGGUGACGAUGCCCGAGUACCUGAGGAAGCGUUUUGGGGGCAAACGGAUCCAGGUCUACCUGUCAGUGCUGUCCCUGAUCAUUUAUGUUUUCACAAAGAUCUCAGCUGACAUCUUCUCUGGAGCUGUGUUUAUCCAGCUGGCCAUAGGGCUGAAUCUUUAUUUGGCCAUAAUUAUCCUCCUUUCCAUUACUGCUCUUUACACCAUCACAGGUGGCCUUGCAGCUGUGAUUUACACAGACACCCUACAAACAUUCAUCAUGGUAUUGGGAUCCUUUAUUCUCAUGGGAUUUGCAUUUGCUGAGGUGGGAGGGUAUGAGGCUUUCAUGCGGAAGUACAUGGAGGCCAUUCCCUCCAACAUCUCCUACGGGGGCACGGCGGUGGAUCCCGCGUGCUACACCCCGCGCCAGGACGCCUUCCACAUCUUCCGCGACCCCACCAGCGGGGACCUGCCCUGGCCAGGCCUGGUCUUUGGCCUCAGCAUCCUUGCCAUGUGGUACUGGUGCACUGAUCAGGUUAUUGUCCAAAGAUGUCUGUCUGGCAAGAACAUGUCCCAUGUGAAGGCUGGCUGUAUCAUGUGUGGGUACCUCAAGCUCUUGCCCAUGUUUAUCAUAGUGAUGCCUGGAAUGAUCAGCCGGAUUUUGUACACAGAUGUGGUGGCUUGUGUUGUGCCUGAAGUCUGUCAGCGCUACUGUGGCACCGCAGUGGGCUGCACCAACAUUGCUUAUCCAAAAAUGGUAGUGGAGCUUAUGCCAAAUGGUCUGCGGGGUCUGAUGCUGGCGGUGAUGCUGGCCUCCCUUAUGAGCUCCCUGACAUCCAUUUUCAACAGUGCCAGCACCUUGUUCACCAUGGACAUUUACACCAAGAUUCGGACGCGGCCGUCCGAGAAGGAGCUGAUGCUGGCAGGCAGGGCAUUUAUGUUACUCUUAAUUGGCAUCAGCAUUGCCUGGGUUCCCGUGGUGCAGUCAGCUCAGAGUGGGCAGCUCUUUGAUUAUAUUCAGUCUGUUACCAGCUACCUGGGACCUCCCAUUGCUGCUGUUUUCCUGCUUGGUAUCUUCUGCAAGCGUGUCAAUGAGCAGGGUGCCUUCUGGGGCCUGAUUGUUGGGCUGCUGGCUGGACUCAGCAGGAUGAUUGCAGAGUUUGCCUACGGAACUGGCAGCUGUGUGGCCCCUUCCGACUGCCCCUUCAUCAUCUGUGGCAUUCACUACCUUUACUUUGCACUGAUCCUCUUUGGGGUUUCUGCCAUCGUCAUCCUGGCAGUCUCCUUCAUGACCAAGCCCAUUCCUGAUGUACAUCUUUACCGCUUGUGCUGGUCCUUGCGGCACAGCAAAGAAGAACGGAUUGAUCUUGAUGCCGAUGAGGAGCAGGACAGAGCUGAUGAAAAAGAUGGUGAAUCAGUUGAUGAGGAAAACCAGGAGGACCCAGGAUGCUGUAGGAAAGCCUACAACUGGUUCUGUGGCUUGGACCAACAGAAGGGCCCCAAACUGAGCAAGGAGGAAGAAGAGGCACUGAAGAAGAAGCUGACAGACACCAGUGAAGUGCCACUGUGGAGAAACAUUGUGAAUAUCAAUGGCAUCAUCCUCUUGACUGUGGCUGUGUUUUGCCAUGCCUACUUUGCAUAACCCCCUGCUCACAGUCCUGAAAUUGUACUGUAUUGUUCAAGCAAAAAUGAUGGUUUGUAGAUUUACACAAUUAGAUACACAUUGUAUUUUCAUCUUCUGCAUUUGUAAAACAUCAGAGUGAUUUACUCACUGAUUUUGUGAUCAUAAUUUCAACAUUUUAAAGAUGAAGACCACUGGGAUUUCAAGAGAGAAUUUCUAUUUAGACAUUGAACGAAUUCAGGGCUAACUGAGGUUCAGAAUUUCCAUCCAAUAUUCUCUCUCUCAUGAUACAUUUCAUAUUUUAGGUUCAGAACAAUGCUGUGUGAGCCAUAUUUCAUAUCAGGUUUUGUGAACUAUCUUUUAGGGUUCACAAUACUAUUUUGAUUUUCAACCCUUCCUCUGAUCAUUCAAUUUUCCUUUUCCUUUGGCUAUGAUAAUUUAAUUGCAAAAAACUCACAACCACUGAGGGACUGUAUUACAAAUUCAAAUUAAAACGUUGCUUUUGACCCCCCCAC